GUCCGUCCAACCCAAGGGUCAGGAUGCAAGGGGGCAUCAUCUUUCCCUCUUGGCAGGUGGACGGCUCACAAGAGAGCCCAUCACGAACCAAGCAGCAGACAGAAACAGGAAAAUCGAUGCAACAAAGAAAUCAAAAGAGAUUACUUCAUGCAGAUCCUUUGGGUUUGACCCACAUUUCAUUGAAACCCAAAGAAAAUACGUCUGCUUGUGGAAGACCUUCCGCUUUUAGUGAAGGAACUGAGAGUAACUGCAGGAAGCAGCCUGCUUUGCCAGAUAAACCCAGUGCAUCUGGGUUGGAGCAGAGUCAUGUGACUCGCUUAUCAACAAUGGUGAGGAGUAUCCAUAAAUCACUGGCUGUGAAGGCUCUUUCUGUUGGCUCUUCUGCAGGUUUAGAGCCCAAGCCCACACCUGCAAAUGCUAACAGAUUAGAAAAAAGGCAGCAUGUCCACCACAAAGAAACACUAUGCAAAAAAACCCUCCCUGGACUGUCAGAGGUUCUUCAUUUGUCUGAAAAGGGUCCAAGGCUGUCUCCAGGUUGGCAAGCAGCUGGAGGAGCUUUUUUUAAAAAGAGUCACAAGGGUGAAGAGCAAAUAGGCAAGCCGAAGAGAAGAUCUUCUCCACAAAUUAAGCCCUCAAGUGCUGUAAAGAGGCCAGCCAUCCCUGAUACAGACAUGCUCACGAAGAAAGAAAAAGGUGACCAACAAGACCAAGGGCCUUCACAGAAGAAGCACGCUAUACCAGCCUUGAUGACUAGACCCUUAAGUAAAGCAGAAGUCAGAAAGCCCAACCUGACCUUGGCCAGAGGUGUGCAUGCCUCCCGGAGGCCUAGCAGAGUGCUGGAGCAAUCCAAGCUGCUGAAGCCUGCACUACAGAAGCUCAUCAGUUGUAAGAGCUCCCAGUGGAGGGUGAACUGGAGGAAGAUCUGCCAGGAAGCUACAAAGACGAAGCCACAAAGAGAGAGAGGCAUGCCCAGGUUUGGGGUUGAUUUCAUUAGUCCAUUAACACCCGAUCCAAAGGAUCUUGCUGCAAAAGCAGCAGAAGAUUUUACCUUAGAUGAAGGGUUUCAGUGGAAAUCCAUCAGCUCUGACACUGCAGAGACAGCACUUAAGAUUCCCAUGGGGGAAGACAACUGCAGAUCACGGUCAGCGAAUGCCCCUCUUCACUCUGCAGGUCCUGGUACCAAGAAGUGUGGUGGAGCAUCAAGUAGAAGCUAUGCUUUGCAGCCAAAGGGCAGUGCCCCCGAGAGAAAAGAAGAGAGAAAGCAUGGGCAUGUCAGCAGUGCCAGAGGGAAGGAGGUGGAUACAUCACUCCGAGUGAGAGAAAACAAUGCAGAACAUGCACACACAGCAGAACCGGAAAAAACCCUUCAUGAAGCUUUUGAGACACAACAUGGUGUAAUGACACAGGUCAGUUCAGUUUGCGUGAAGACCAAGAGAUUGGACGAAUACAGCGUACAGCAGUUCCAGACAAAUGAUGACUAUGAAAGAUUUGAAGCGAAGCCUGUUAAACAGAUAAUAAAGAAAAAGCAGUCUACCCCUCUAAUCACAAAAGAGCCCACAAAAGAGCAGGUCAGCGAAUUGUUGGCGAUGUCUCUAAGAGAGGAGGAACUGAGCAGCUCUCUGACAAACACAGACGGUCACCUGCUUCAGGCCCGUGCCGCCCUACAUGCUGCUUACGCUGAAGCACAGCGCUUGCAAGUGGUCAGACAGCAGGUUAUUACAGAGAUGGCCUCCCUCAGAGCAAAACGCAUAGAAAUCCUGCGCAGGAUGCAAAAUUCCAACCUUUGUAAACCCUCCAGUGGAUAUUCUCCUAACCCUGCCAACGAGACCCACCAGAGGGCACCAGAUACCUCUGCAGACCAACAGCCAUCUCUGCUGAAUCAUUCCUUAGAAAUCUUGGAGAGGGCGUGGCCUGUAAACCCCACCCCUGGUCUGUGCCCACUGAGGAGCUCUGUCUCCGCCUUUUCAGGGUUGUCUGCUGAGCCUCAGAGAGUGGCAUCAGCUUCAGCACAGAAACCUGUUACGGGUAAGACAGCACCUGUAGCAUUGAACAAGGCUUCACGUGCACUGAUACAGGGACACACCCUAAUCCAAGAGUCCCAGUGGUGACCCACAUCUUAACUUUGGCUGCAACAACUGUCCAACAUUGGCCAGAUGCUAAAAGCACUCACUCCGUCUGCAGCCUUGACUUGGGACAGCCGCUGAAGUGUAGCAUUACACAACCUCAUCACCUUGCCACAGACAUACGACUCAAUACAAGCAUAUCUCUAAUCGGCACUCACCAAAGUUCAGAUGGUUACAACACUAGGUGAUGUGGAACUUGGUGUUCACAUGAGUCACCUCCUUUGUGGAGGUGACUUUCACUUACAGCCCUGCUGACCAGCUGAGCAAUCUAGGCCAGGCCAGGAGAUCAGAACAGAGCAGUUAAAGGCUCAUAAUAGUUUUUCCCUGAAACAAUUGGCUGUCUCUACUGCACCACCUCAAGAGGGCACUUCAGAAGAGAGUAGGACUAGCAAUAGCAAUAGCACAUCUUACAAGAGGUUGCAGUUACACUUCUCUAUGCUAAUAGGUUUGUGUGGCCUCUUGGGAGGUUUGAGCUAAAUAGUGUUUAAUAAGUUAAUUAAGUACCUAAAGCCAAGUUGUUUGUUGGUCAGAUUCAGGUUGUCGUCUCUCUGGAGAUCUGUAAAGUUUUUUUUUCAAAAGAUGACCUAAUACUGAUGUGAUAUUGAAAUGAGUCUGUACUUUGAAGUAUGCCUCACCAAUCACGCCUAAUUUGUUGAAUACAUUUACAUUUUUAUGAUAUAUUUGUAUUCUUUUUUUAACGUUAUGCUUAACAAAAUGAUUGUGUGACGUUCAGUCCUGUGGUAUAGCAGUGGGUCGGCUUUAUAGAAACAUAUUCCUGCAAUUCCAAGUCAAAUCACAAGGAGAGAGGAGGCAAAGGAACCACCGCUGUCCACCUCUUUUUCAUCAUGUGCCAUAUGUCGGAUUUGUGGCUGUUUAUUUCAGGAAAACCAGGCCUGUACAGCAUUUCAGCAAUACAAGAAUAUUGGAAUAUGUCAUAUGCAAAUGGAAACUUGUGUAAUUAUAAGAUCACUGAACUCAUUAGAUGUGUUGAAUCUGCUUGUUAUGACAUGAUCCAUCAACAUGUACUGCAUGGCAUUAUUCAUGAAUUUCUACUCUUAUUCAAAUCAAUUAACAGACAGUAUGGUAGCUUUAUGACAAUAAACCUGUUUAAAUGGCCUUUUACUUUGCGGUACAUUUUUUGGAGUGAUGGUUUCCAGUAGUUACAGAUUCAAGUUUAUUUGUGACGAUGCAUUUGCUGCUAUGGUGAUUGUUUAUUGCUCUGGCAUUUGAGCAUUAUAAUUGAUGAGUUGUUUCUUAGGCACAAAGGAAAGAUUUUAAGACGAGAAAUGUCAUGAAUGCACUGGUUUAUCCUAGGACUGAGCAUAACCUGUGACUGAGAAACUGUUACUGUUCGUCAGUGGUUUCAGAACUCGCAUAUACUGGUCUGUAUUUACUGGAGACCUCAGGUUGUACAUACUUCUUAAUUUGUUGUUAAGGUCAGUGAGAGUGGAUGAUUUUAAUGCACUCAGGAAUAACAGGCAUGAAGAGGGAUCAUCUAGUCGAUUCUGGCAAAAAAACUAACAAAAUACCACCAACAACAACCCUGAUUAAGUACAUCACUGAAUUAUUUAGUUCUGAAUUAUUUAGUUCUCUACUUCUUUGGUGACCUGUUUUGUCUUAAAAGAGCAGGUUUGUGAUUUAUGUUAAUAUGCCACAUGAUUUUCCAUGAAAAUGAA